AAAUUCAGUUUCAGUAAGCUGAAAGUGGUUGCAGUAGUAGAAUGUUAUGCGUUAACCUUUCAACUUUAAUUACGUACGUGCGUUACCGUAUUUUGGAAAGCGCGAAGAGCUUUUCUCGCUCCGCUCUGUUAUGAGUUAAGCGAGGGUGUUCGAGUGGAGUGACUUUUAGAGAUUUUCAAGAGCGCUCCUCGUACUUUUUUGACAAGGGGAGGCGGAAAAAAAGGUGAUGGAAUUAAUUAAUGUGAAGUGUAAUGUGUAAAAUGGGGCCGGACGUGUAUGAGCGGGGCCGAGGACGUGUAGCUCUAAUGGAUUACUGUGUUAUAUUUGCAUGUCUAAUGUGGGUGACAUCUGCGACAAUUAUGGGUGAUGAGUGCGACUGGACCGGAAGCGGUUUAACGACAUCGUCAGAAGAUCGAGGGGUGACGCCGGUUUACCUGAGAUGUACAACAGGUAGGGUCACGUGGCUUUACCCCCGAGGGGCACUCAGAGUACUACUUCGCCUACCAGGACGAGAUAGAGAAUUUAGGGCUUGUAUUAAAGUACAUCCCGACGGCGUAAAUCAACAUUUAGCCGCUCGUUUAUUUUUGGAAGGGCCAAGAUCUUUAUUGCCCCUCUAUUCACAUGAAAAUGGGGGACAUAAACCCGUCAGAUGUUUCCAAAGUCGCCACGGUCAGGUUGCCCUUUACAUCGAGGCGAUCGGCGGCAGCAGCAUGAUCAAGAGGGUCGCCAAAAUUGAAUACGAUCUCGAACCGUUACCAAAAGGAAGUCAAGCGUACGAUCCGACCGAAGAAUGUAGACCGUGCAGCGCGGAAGAACUGGCCCACACUUUUUGCACCAGCGACCUUGUGACGAGGGGAAUAAUCCACGGAAUCGAGAACGAUGACGACUUGGAGGUGUCGCAAAUUUCUGUUAAAGUUACGAAAUUAAUCCGACAUACCGCCGACGAGGGUUACAGAGACGAUUGGGAGGAAAGCGAAAAUUCGAUCGAUAGCGGAGACGUUACGAAAGAGAUUACCGUUCAAGUCCCCCAACAUUGCGGGGUGAAACACGGGCUUGGAGAGUUUGUCUUUAUGGCCAGGAGAAAACUGGGCGAUUUAACUCUUCAGUGCGCGCCCAGGCUCGAAGAUUGGGCGGCGUUCGUGAACGUGAUUUCGGAGGAAGGAAAAGCCCACUGUGUUUUAAGAAGCUAGCUGUGACAAAUUGUAUUUAAGCACACUUCUGUGAUGAGUUUAGGUUUAAGUGUAUAGAAUGACCGAAAAUGGCCGAGUUUUGCAAUUAGUAUCUGAGUGGGGUGUUUUGGAUCAACAUAAACUCGCGCUAGUUACCAGAAAAGGACAUCCUAAUUUAUAUUUUUAGUGCAUAAUCCAAAACAUCGACAGGUCUCAGGUGUUUUUAUCUAUAUUGUUAUGGUGCUCCAGGAUAACCCACUAAUUCAAAUUAGAUUGCAAACGUGCAAUACUUUUGGCAAUACUAAACAAUUUUGCUUGUACAUAAAAUGUAUGCCCCACAUUGGGGAAACGUGUACAAAGUGUAUAGUUUUAACUUCUUCCGCUUUGGCUGCACUAAAUUCUAUUGUUACUUAACUUGUUCGUUAGUUAUACUAGUUACUUAUCGAAUUCCACGUGCCAAAAUGCAUUUACCUUGCUUGUAAUCCUACUCACGAUUAUGCCAUUUUUUAACUUAAUUAUUGUACAUAAUAGUUGUUGAUUAAAAAAGAUCUCAUGUAUGUAGAAAAAUUUUUCAGUUUAGCUUAUGUAUUCAAUUUAGUUUAGUUUUUCACAUGUAGAUUUUUUUUAUUAUUCCUAAUGUAUAUAAAACUGUAAAAAUUUUGUUGCUUAACAUUGUGGUGGCCAUAAUAUGCUGUUGCUGUUCAAGCAGUUUUUCCUGUGAUAUUGAUUAAAGAGAAUAGUUUUAUAUAUAUUAUAUAAAACAAAUUAUAUUUGUUAGUAAUAAAUAAAUUUUAUUGCUUUUAA